CUUUUUAGCAGUAGAAAACUGGAAAGUGAAGUGGGAAACAGAGCGUGCAAUAUUUUGGCUAGAGAGAGAAAAUUAAUGGACUAAUUAGAGAGAGAAACCAAACAAACCAUCUUUUCAAAAUUUGCAGGUUGUUGGAAUAUCGUGUCGGGGCGUGUCUCAUAAUAUUUCUUUCCUAUUCAGAAAUUUUAAUAGGAAAAAAAUUUUGAUUUUGGAAAAUUAUUGAAUAUAAUAUAAUAAUAUUCUUGUUUCCUUUGGUGUGUGAGUGUGUUAAGAUCUUGUGAAAUAUUUAUAAUUAAUAAUUACUACUACUAUACCACUUCUUUUCUGCAUAAUAUUACUAUAUAAUGUUAGUUGGGGUUCAUAUAAAACAUACUCUGAGUUAACCAAGAGAAGCUUGAAGAUCAUAAAUUAUCACCAAUUUUAAUGGAUGUCAACAUGAGCUUUUCAAAUGACAUGGAUGAUGAGUAUGAGAAACUUUUCAGGAGAUUGAAUCCUCCCAGGGUUGUCAUUGAUAAUGAAUCCUCCAAAAAUGCUACUGUUAUAAGGGUGGACAGUGCAAACAAGCAUGGUAUACUUCUUGAGGUUGUGCAAGUUCUAACUGAUCUUAACCUUAUCAUAACCAAAGCUUACAUUUCUUCUGAUGGUGGCUGGUUUAUGGAUGUAUUUAAUGUUAGGGAUCAAGAGGGAAACAAGAUUACUGAUGAAGCAAUUCUGGAUUUUAUUCGAAAAUCUUUGGGGCCUGAAUCGUCCUUUACGUCUUCUAUGAGAUCUGUUGGGGUUAUACCAUCUAUGGACCAUACAGCGAUUGAGUUAACAGGAAGUGACAGACCAGGACUGCUAUCUGAAGUAAGUGCUGUGCUCAACCACCUAAAAUGCAAUGUGGUCAGUGCAGAGGUUUGGACUCACAAUACUCGGGCUGCGGCUGUUAUGCAAGUGACUGAUGACGAAACUGGGUCUGCGAUUAUUGAUCCGGAGAGGCUGUCUAGGAUUAAGGAGCUUCUCUGUAAUUUACUUAAGGGUAGUAACAUGUCUAGGGGAGCUAAGACUGUGGUUUCUCAUGGAAUCACUCAUAAGGAGAGAAGGCUUCACCAAAUGAUGUUUGCGGAUAGGGAUUAUGAACGAACAAAUGACAAGGUUUCAGAUGAGAAGCAGAGACCAAAUGUGACUGUCGUUAAUUGGUAUGACAAGGACUACUCGGUAGUAACUUUAAGGAGCAAAGAUAGGCCAAAACUUCUCUUCGAUACAGUAUGCACUUUGACGGAUAUGGAUUAUGUAGUUUUUCAUGCCAAUAUUGAUGCCGAAGGACCCGAAGCCUAUCAGGAAUACUGUAUCAGACAUAUUGAUGGUUCCCCUGUAAAAUCAGAUGCUGAAAGGAUGAGGAUAAUACAAUGUCUUGAAGCAGCUAUUGAGAGAAGAGUAUCUGAGGGUCUGAAGUUAGAAUUAUGCACAACGGACAGAGUUGGGCUGCUAUCCGACGUUACUCGCAUCUUUCGAGAAAACAGCCUCACUGUCACAAGAGCAGAAGUGUCAACCAGAGAUGGCAAAGCUAUUAAUACAUUCUACGUUCGUGAUGCUUCAGGGUAUCAUGUGGAUGCCAAAACCAUAGAUUCAAUCCGACAAGAAAUCGGUCAGACAAUACUGAAAGUGAAAGGCAACCCUGAAGAUCUUAAAUCAUCAUCUCAGGAAUCACCCACCAGGUUUCUCUUUGGUGGUCUCUUUAAGUCCAGAUCUUUUGUUAACUUCGGAUUGGUUAGGUCGUAUUCUUGAAUCAGUUUCUAGGUUUUACCCCCUUCCACAUUGUACAUAAAAAACCCCUCAGCAACAAAAUUAACUACAAACCAAAGUUUUUAGCAUAUGUGUGACUUUUAAGGUUAGGAACUAAGCAAAGCCAUUUGCCAAAAGAGGUAGAGAGAGCCAUAGGGAUAAGUAGAAAUGCUUGUAAUGUUAGAAGUGGAUCCAAUCUAAAGUUGGAGCCAUGAAUGAGAACAAACAAAAUGAAAAUGGAAUCUUACUUUCAACUUGUGUAUAUAAUUGAAUAUUGCUUUCAA